AUGACAGGUGGCAUGGCAAACGGUAAGGCUCUAGGUGAGGGAAAUAAGUGGUACUUCUACAGCAGGAGGACGCAGAAUCGGGUUACAAGCAAUGGGUAUUGGAAGGCAUUAGGCGUUGAGGAACCAGUGAUCACAAGAAGCUCUUGUAAUUCUACACACAAAGUUUGGAUGAAAAGAUAUUUGGCUUUUUACGUAGGAGAAGCAGUGGCGGUUCUACAGCCAGGGCAGGCUCCAAAUUCUGGCAUUAAAACUAAUUGGAUAAUGCGUGAGUAUCGUCUCUCUCCACUCUCAGCAGGAGAUGGAGCUUCUUCUUCUUCUUCCACCACAACAAGAUCAUCAUCCAAAAGAAGAGGGCAUCUCAAAACAGAAUUUAGUGGAUACGUUCUUUGUCGAGUCUACGAGCGUGAUGAAGAUGACGACGACAAUGAUGGAACAGAGCUUUCAUGCUUGGACGAGGUGUUCUUAUCUUUGGAUGACCUUGAUGAAAUAAGUUUGCCAAAUUAAUUAGCAUGGAGAGAGAGA